AUGGAGAUACAGAUCCCAUAUUCCAUCAUGUUCACCUUCUUUUGCUUCUUCUUUCGGAUCUGCAAGCUAUCUUCUUCUUCUUCUUCCAAGAAACCCACCAAAACCCUACCUCCGGGGCCAUGGAAAUUACCUCUCAUUGGAAACCUCUACCAACUUGCUGGCUCACUACCUCAUCGUUCUCUCACAAGUCUAGCAAACAAGUACGGGCCCUUCAUGCAUCUUCAACUUGGACAGGUUUCUCAUAUCAUAGUGUCUUCACCUGAAUACGCCAAAGAAAUAAUGAUGACCCAUGAUCAGAUCUUUGCUAACAGGCCCAAAAAUCUUGCCACUGAUAUAUUUUCUUACAAUAGCACAGAUAUUGCAGUUUCCCCAUAUGGAAACUACUGGAGGCAACUUCGAAAGAUUUGUGUUUUGGAACUUUUCUCAUCAAAGAGGGUUCAAGCUUUUAGAAGAAUAAGGGAAGAAGAGGCAUCGACGCAGGUAAGGAACAUCUCUGAACAUGAAGGUUCUGUCAUGAACCUCAGUAAAAAGAUAUUGGAACUCACCAAUUCUAUAGUGGCAAGAGUGGCCUUUGGCAAAAAGACAAAGAAUGUAGAACAUGUCCUGCAAAAUUUGGGGCAGAUGACAAAGUUAAGCUCUGCAUUAUCAAUUUUCGAUUUCUAUCCUUGGCUGAAAUUUAUCAGUGUCAUCACUGGGGCGAGAGCUCGAAUGAUGAAGUUGCACAAAGAUGGAGAUAAAGUGUUCGAUGGCAUCAUCGGAGACCACGAAGAAAAGGAGAAAAAUAAUGUUGGGGAAGCAGAGCUGGAUCUAGUUGAUGUUCUUCUGAGGAUUCAAAAGGAUAAUGACUUUGAGAUACCAUUAUCUCUUGAAAACCUUAAAGCAGUUCUUAAGGUUAGUUUGCGUGCACUUUACCCAUAA